AUGCUGAAAAACAUCACAUUCCUGACUGUACUUUUAGAAAGUUGCAGCACGCCCAAUAAUGACAUUGCAGGUAAAUUACUUUCCUCCUGGACCUCUACUGUGCGCAUUGAAGGCUCAGAGAAAAUGAAUUCGAACCCACUGUAUAUUCCAUUAUUGCCACCGGGAACGCUAAAGAUAAAACUCGGUUUCAAGAUGAACAACCAACUGAUUACGGAAGAGCAAGAGCUUUUCACAAAACUACAGGAAAUAGUACGUUCAAGCACCCAUUUCUGGGAGAACCAACUGUUUUAUAAAGUUCAAGAUGUGAACACGGAAGAAAAUUGCAUCACUUUUAACUUAAAAUGCACUAUUUGGACAGACUCUCAAAUAAGUACGUUCAUAAACAAGCCUAGUGAGCUUCAUUCGCAUGCCAAAGGAUAUCCUGAAAUCUGUUACCUUUCCGAGUUAUCAACAACUGUUAAUUUUCUUUGCAAGGAGGGAAACUCCAUUGAAGUAGGUCAGAUUAUCCCUCAUUUAAAUGAGUAUUUUUCCUCUUUGAUAGUGUCCCAAUUGGAGUUUGAGUUUCCGAUGGUCUUCUCUAUGAUUGCAAGACUCCGCUUAAAAUGGCAGCAAGGCUCCUUAGGCCCAAUAUCGUAUGCUUUAACCAACACAUCUGUGCUGCUUCCAAUAAUGCUCAAUAUGAUUGCACAAGAUAAGUCAUCUACUACUGUGUAUCAAAUCCUAUGUCAAAGAAGAACCCCCCCAAUCCAAAAUUUUCAGAUUUUUUCCUUACCGGGAGUGAAAUAUGAUAAGUAA